CACUGACGGACGCCCACCUAGCCCGCCUGCGUUUUACGUCUGGAGCAUCGGAUACACCUUCAACAUGCGACUCUCAUCGCUGGCCUUGAGCAGGCUAAACAUAUUCAGGCAGGCACUACACUUCGAAAAGAGUACAUACCCAAUAUAGAUCACCAUGUCAACAACCACGCAGGAACUCUGGGUUGCGCGCGACAACAUCGACCAGACCAAGCUGGCCACCGUCAAGUUGGGUCCCAUCAAAGAAGAUGAGGUCCUAUGCCGUAUCGACUCGUUCGGCCUCUCUGCCAACAACGUCACGUACGCUGUUCUCGGCCAGUCAUACCGAUACUUUGACUUCUUCCCAACCUCCGACGCAAAGUAUGCGAAUGUCCCCAUCUGGGGUAUGGCCACCGUCACAGAUUCCAACAGCUCUGCCGUCAAGGUCGGCGAGCGCGUGUACGGAUACUUCCCUAUUGCCCAACACCAUGUCCUGAAAGUAAAAGCGGCAGCGAACGGCAGCAAGGAAGGCUGGUUCUACGUCCCCCGCGAGCAUCUCCCGGAGGACCGCAAAGUUUACAACCAAUACUUCCGCGCAUCAGCCGACCCGUUCUACGACCCUCGCCAUGAAGGAGAGAUGCUGCUCUUCCGACCCCUGUUUUGGACCAGUUUCUUCUUGGCGGAUUACCUCAAGGAGAACAAGUACUACGGCGCCAAGACGGUUAUCAUUUCCAGUGCGAGCAGCAAGACGGCGUUUUGCUUCGCUUUUCUUGCCCAAGCGAGCGGCAUCCGUACCAUCGGUCUCACGAGCCCGUCCAGCGUACCCUUCGUAAAGUCUCUCGGGUACUACGACUCGAUCUACACUUACGACCAGAUCUCCUCCAUCCCGAAGGAUAGCACCGUCCUGUACGUCGAUGUCUCGGGUAGCAAGGCCCUUGCCACCGAUGUAUUCAACCAUAUCGGCGCAUCGAACAUUCGCCGCUCCGUCAGCGUUGGAAUGUCCAACGCACAAGAGGCCAAGGGAACCUUCCCAGGCGAGACGGAGAUCUUCUUUGCCCCCACGUGGAUCAAAAAGCGUCAAGAUGAGUUGCGCGAUCAACUCCCGAGGUUGCAGGCCAAAGCUUGGAAGGAGGCUAUGGAUCGGGUGGACAAUUGGGUCAAGUUGUCCAAUGGCCAUGGGCCGGCGAGCGUGGAGAAGCUGUGGAAGACGAUGGUAAAUGGUAGGACGGCACCGGAUGUUGGUUAUGUCAUGUCACUGUGGAAGACGGACGCAGGAUCGAAGCUGUAAGGAGAACGCCACUUUUCCUUCGCAGUCGAUGCUAGGAUCGGAAGGUCCUCAUGAUUCACAGGAGUUCAGAUGACGAAGCGGAGAUACCUGACUACACCUAUCCUGUAGCUUAGAUAGGAGUGUUAUGAGUGACUGUAGGUUGAGCCAAUAAGUGCAAACGGCGUACGUUGUUCCAUCAUGACAGAACUACAUAGUUUCUAUAUGAGAGGACGAUCCUUGUGCCUGCUAGCAGAGAUUAUGUAGGAAAAAGUAACGAGACGUUCGAUUGGAACGACCAGAUAUAUCGGAAGGAGGAAGGUUUCCCUUUGGCCAGCUCAGUUCACCGCCUUCUCGAUUGG